AUGACCUCCACGAUUACAUCUUCCGGUGUCUGUCAGACGCCAGCUUUCACCGUCCCCUCCACCCAGAAUACAGCACCCGUACUCGAAUAUCGUUGCCUUUACACCCACGACCUACGACGGAAGCAAAAGCGGUGGCAAGAUGGACUUCUCCGAUUCCACACCUUCAACAAGCGCAUCAUGGUGUACGAUGUGUCGAGGAACUACAUCGGUGACAUGCAUUGGCGGGAGGAUGAAAUAUUGCAAGAUGGCGACGAGUUCGAGUUGGACAGAGGGGUGCUGAUACAAGUCGGAGAGGCUAUUGGGAGCAUGGAGCAAGACCUUACAGGGCUUUUUGAGAAAAGGAAGAAGGUACCGGAGGUGGCGGUUCAUGAAAAGGCCCCACACCAGCCAGUAGCGGUACCUAUGUCUGGACCGAUAGCAGCACAGCCAUCCCAGUUGCGGCCGAAGAGUUUGAAUGCGCUGCUGGGGACACCGAAGGGACGGAUUGGGAGAGCUGCCCUGCCUACAAAGUCGCCUCAUGAGCUACGCACAGAGAGUGAGAACAGCAGCUGGGACCACGGCCGCCCGGCCAAGCGUCAACGAAUAGAAUCGCAGGUGGAAAGGAGGGCGGAACCGAACAAGAUGCCACCGCCUCGAGUACCGCCAAACUCCCGGGUUCCUGAUGAAGGAGUAAAUACAACUGUCGUUGAAGCAGCUGUGGACCAGCGAUGUGAAGGACGUGUGCCAACCACUGUGCAACGAUCCGCUCUGUCAUCAGCGAGAAGCGCAGCCAGUAGACCACCCAUUUCCCUAAGUACAUGGAGUAAGGAUAACACGGACGAGGGUUCCAAGCGAGCGAUCGAGCCAAUGCCCAAGAAACGAUCUAGUGGAUCAGGAAGCUCAGAACUGACUGCGCAACAACAAAGAAAGCGAAAGCCAGAUCGCAAUGCUCAAGUAUCGCCGAAAGCUAAGAAAGUUGCAAAGCGUCUUGAUCAUGAGCCCGAGACAUGUCACGCAAGAACGAGCACUAUCACAAAGCCCAUUGAGAUCGCGUCGGACGAGGAUUCUGCGUCUACCAACCAGCAACCAAUUCAAAGAUCAAAGCUACAGAUGGCUUCACGCAAGCCACGUAAAAAACUUUUGUAUCGAGACCUACUGCCUCAAGACUCGUCUGCGAUCGGCCGUUCUUCUGGUGACGCUUCAGUCCUAGAUCGAAGUAGUCGCGACCGAAACACAUGGAGCAGACCUGAAAAACGGAAAGGACACCACAUGGCUGAGUUUCAUAAGGAAGAGCAGGAGCGGUUGAAGGCUCGACUCAAGAGACAUCAUACUAAGGAGUGUCAGCUGAAUAAUGAGCGUGGAGAGGUUUGUGGUGACACACCAGAAGAUCUUUUUCUCUCCCAAGAGGACAUAGAUACAAUAUCAGCAAACAACCCCAGAACGAAGGAGAAGCAGUCGAAGGAGAAGGCUCCCAAUUCUUCCGUAACCUGGUCCUGUCGCCGUCAUACCGAGUCUGUCCCCUCAUCAACUUGUCGUUCGUUAUCUCCUGAAUUCCUACCGGAAGUGAUACCUAGAUCUCCCUCUGCUGUUCACAGCAGCGCCAUGACUCUCGCAAAGAUGGAUCAGAUUUUAUUUUCGCGCCCUCAACCGAGAACUUCUGAAUCUGUCGAAGAGAAUGACGUUUUACCAGAAGUCUUGCCCCAAGAAUUGUCUUCACCACCAGCUCUAAAUGAACCGCUAGAUGCAGUCCCUACACCUUCCCCUCCAAAAGACCGGCCUCAUUCAUUUCCAGCCUUCCAAAUGCAAGCUCACGUACCCUCUUCGCAAGGCAUACCCCAAGAAGCAAUCAGCACACUGUCAAGACCCAACCCUGACUCACUAUCCGCAUUCGCAAAGGCUGUGCAACCCAAGGCGCAGGGACGCAAACUACGAAGUUCAAAUAUCCGACCACCUGGUUCACAUCUUCCUUCCAUUCAACCAACACCAGGAAACACUGUCUCUGCACCCUCCUCUCCACGACACCAUCCGGUGUCAGCUCCGGGCUUGCAAACCCGACCCGACGUCCAUCCUACCAAGUCUCCAUCCCCAGAGGCGCCAAUUGCAGACGUCACUAUUCCAGUACCAAACGCGAAACAUGACUCGCUCUCCGCCUUCUCGAAAAAUGUAGCGCCCAAACCGCCCACAGCACUAGAGGCAGUGCCGAGACACAAACCCAACAAACAGCCGGCAUUCACCAAGGUUACCCCAAUCAUAUCAAUCCCCAAGCUCCCAGACGAGACGGUGGAAGUCCUGUCUUCCCAACCUCCCAGCUCGCCACCCCCAGAGGCGCCGAUCGUAGCACCUCACCCUCCAAAACGUAAACCCGACUCCCUACCCGCGUUCACAAAGGUCAUUCCCACAAAGCCUCGGUCGCCGUUGAAGAAGUCAAUAUCCGACACCUCGGCUAUGCGGCCGCCAUCUGCUUUGCCUGUUUCGGGUGGGGAGGAGAAGGCUUCAUUGGACAAUCUGGGCGGGAAGGACGAGAGUGCGAGUCUGUGGAGCAAGGAGGCGUGGGAUCUGUUUGGAUGCGGUAGGGACGGGGUGGAGUGUACUUAUGAGGAAUUCAAGCGGAAAGAGGGGUUGGUGUGA